AUGGCCGAUGCUCCAUUCUCCCCAUCCGGUGGAGCUCGAGCUCCGACCUCGUACCCCAACAUCUCCUCCAUCCCACGCCGCUCCUCCUACGCUUCAGUAGUAUCUGGCAACACAUUUUCCUCACCAACCUCUACUUCCUUCUCACAUCUACUCAACGACUCCCAUCCAAUCCCCUACCCCCCGUCCGACAGCCGAGUCCACCGGGCUCCGUUCGGCGUGGAUGCCGCAGACAUGCACAUGAACUCCGCCUGGAGAAACACAGGUUCAACAGACUCACUUCCUCCCUGGUCCCGCAAGUAUGCCGGCUUUCUACGCUCGGCCGAGUUUCCGCACGGCCUAGGUCUCACCGACAGCCCGGCCUUCCUCAUUCCAUCUUACCUCCGCAACUCCCGCUACAUCGCCCGUCUCGAAACAGCCCACCGCGCUAAGCUCGCUGCUCAGCAGCGAGAACCCUCCUCAUCCACAACCUCUAAUCCUCCCCUUUCCGCAUCCUCCAGCAAUGUCCAUCUGCCCCGCAUUGCCCCGUCGCACCGCGGCAUGACAUAUGAUAUCAUAGAGAAGGAACCGUCGGCACCGGCCGAUCCCCUCAUGCCCUUGCCUAGCCAGUGGAGCUCCGUAGACAAGUUUUCUGGUCUGGAACUGUCUAACGAAAACUUCGAUGUUCGCUACACUGGUCCCAUGCACAAGCAUGAUCAUGAGGCCGCUGCCUUGCGCGCAGAUCACCCUAUGCCGCCGCAGUGCGGGAUCUACUACUUUGAAGUUAAGAUUGAGUCAAAGCCGAAGGAAGGCAUGAUCGGCAUUGGCUUUUCUAGCCCCAAAGCGUCCGUUGAGAGGCUUCCCGGUUGGGAGACAGAAUCUUGGGCUUACCAUGGUGAUGAUGGAAAGUCGUUCUUUGGCGAGAGUCAAGCACAAGGUCGAGCGUAUGGACCGACGUUUGGUGCUGGCGAUACAGUCGGAUGUGGUGUGAAUUUCUCUACAGGAUCUGCGUUCUUCACUAAGAAUGGCGUUUUCUUGGGAAAUGCGUUUCACGAUCUGCGCAAUACGAAUCUUUUCCCGUCUGUCGGAAUGAAGAAACUACCGCCAGUACAUCUCAAAACGAACUUUGGACAGGAGCCUUUCGUUUUUGAUAUUGAUGGCAUGGUCAAGCAAGAGAGAUUCAACGUUCUGUCAGAGAUCAACGAAACAUCCACGGCUGGUCUACAACCACCGUUAGACGAGUCGACACUUUUGCAAGAGUUAGUAGCACAGUUCCUCGCCCAUGACGGCUACGUAGACACGGCUCGUGCAUUCGCAGAAGAGGUGGCCACCGAAACACGGGCCCUGCAGAACGGUCGCAACGAGCCACUGAAGAAAUACGAAGUCGAGGAAGACCGCGAGGCUAUCAACCGGAACAAAAUCCGCUCCGCAAUCCUAGACGGCGACAUCGACAAGGCCCUCAAGCACACCAAAGCUUACUACUCCAACGUCCUAGAAGACCAUCCAGAAAUCUACUUCAAAUUGCGCUGCCGCAAAUUCCUUGAAAUGAUGCGGCAGUCCAACGAACUCUCCGUGGCAACCGCCGCGAAGCGCCGCCGCUCGACAUCCUCCAACUCGCACGAGCAUGCUGUCUUCGAUCAGGAGAUGGAGCUCGACGACGGGGAUGGCGACGCCUGGGCCGCGGACGGCAUGGAUACCGAAGAACCAGAGGUCGUGGCGCAGUUCAACCAGCUCCUCACAGAGGCAGUACAGUAUGGCCAGCAGCUGCGUGCUGAUUACCCCACCGACGAGAACGGCGGCGAUAAGAAGCUGCUGGAUGAUAUUUUCUCGCUAGUGGCGUAUCCUGAUCCGAAGAGAUCUGUUCAUGGCCAUUACCUCGAUUCUGAGGGGCGGGUUGCUGUGGCCGAGGAGUUGAAUUCGGCUAUUCUUGUCUCAUUGGGCAAAUCAUCUGCAGCAGCGCUGGAAAGGCUAUACCAGCAGACUGAAGUGCUGGUUAAUGAGAUCAGUGAAGACGGCGGCGCUGGGGCGUUCAUUAAUGUUCGGGAUGACAUUUUGCUUUGA